AUGGAUAUUAAUCAGAAAAUUCAUCAUAAAAAUUCUUUAAAGGAAACAUGUUCUGAGGAUGAUGACUCAAGUUUAGAUAGUAAUUCAAAAAAAUCAAGUUGCAAAAAAACAUAUUCUUUGCCAAAAAAUAUAAAAAAUCCAUUUACUAAAAGUCAAAAGAAUAUUGUCCAUAGGACUUUAAAAAAUUCAUUUGGUCAAGGUCAUAAGAAAGCUGAUAUACAAAUAUCUCAUACAACUUUAGUUGACAUACAGGUUGAAGACUGCCGACAAUAUACUAUUGAAGAAAAGUCAUUGUCAUCAUAUUCCAAUAUAUCUAAUGAUAAUAAUAAAAGUAUUUCAGAUUGUAAAAAUAGUCAAAGUCAGUUCAAAUCAGAGAAAAAAUCUCCUAUAAAUCAGUUCAAAUAUAGCAGUAUAGAAUCUGUGUUGGAUUCAGAAUGUACUAAAAAUAAUAAGAAAUAUUGCAGUAAUAAAAUUCUAAAUAAAGAUACAACUGUAAAAGAUAAGAAGCCUGAAGAACAUGAUACACAGGUCCAUCAUGAAAAAUCAGUAGAAUCUACAAAAAAGUUUUCAUGGGGUAAUAAGAGCAGUAAAUUUGCAAGUAAGAGUUUUGAAAAAACAUAUAAAGAUAAAGGAAAAAAUGAUUCUAUAGAGAAAAAAUUGAAAGCUAAAAAAAUUCUUUGCAGUCCUUUAAGAAAAUUUGGUCGAUCAUCUUUGACAAUCGAACCGGAUAAAAUUAUGAUAAAUUUACCAAAGUGUUCUCCUUGCGCUUGUAGAUUGGCUGCAAGUUCAAAAAUUUUAUCCAAUGAUUCCAGUUUACUGUCCCGAUUUACUAUAAAUCGUGAAAGUCCUCAUCAUGCUGUACGUUCGAAGAGUCCGUCGCAUAUAGACGUACAAACGGAUAUUAGUUCGAAAUCUUCAGAAAGGACAUCAAUGCAGACUAAUUUAUUUUCAAAUAUACAACAAUUUAAAAAAUCACGAUAUACGCCUCGAAGCAGAAGCGUCGGUGAGUUGUGCAACAUUGUCAACAAGUGAAGCAGUCUUGAGUUAUUCAUCUAUUAGAAUGAAACUAUUGUUUCUGGACAAAACUGGACUUCCAACAUCGUCAGUUGAAUGCUCAGGAAAUGUUUAUUCAAAAAUUAAAGAGAAAACUAUAUAUAGAACACUCUGAUAAAAUUUAACAAAGCAACUUUAGAGGCAAAGUGUUAACUAAAUAACAUGAAUCCCACAAGUUGUCGCUCCAUUAUUCUUCCAUAUAACUUUAAAGAAAUCAUAGAUUUAUACGCACGACACUUAUUCGGGCUGUAACAGUGCUAGUGAGACUGUGCACAUAAAUACACAUGUAAUACAUACAUAAAAUUUAUUAUAUUUCUAGAGAUAUGAAAUAAUAUAUCUGUGCAUAUUAAAUAUUCUUAUUACACAUGCGCACACAACUGGUGCAUGCGUGUGUAUGUUGUAAGCCGUUUUUACAGUGUAUGCUGUGGAACGUUGUUACGACAAAUAUGUCGAGUAUUAUUAUUAUUAUUUUUAUUAUCUUCCUUAAAAUUAGGGAGUCGAAUUGCUUACAUUGAAAUACUUUCUGCUACCACGAAUGGUACUAUACUUGCCUGUAGCAAGUGUGUGGUAUGAAAAUUCUUCGCUGAACCUAUAUUUCUUAAUUUAAAAAUUUCAAUAUAAUUUUAUAUUAUCAUUGGUUAAUUAAGAAUUUGUUUAUCAUCAUUCAUUAUGCAUUUAAAUUUAUUUUUCUAAAAUUUUUCUAAAAAAGAAUAAGCUACAAUUAAUAGAUUCAUUAAUGAAUAUAAGAUAUAUACUUUGCAUUGAGUGUUUUUUUUAUGAUACAAUUUUAUAAAUUAGGUUCAGCGGUGAAACAAAUGUAAUGUGAAAUCGCAUGUUUUUAUAAAUAAAUCGCUGUCACUGUGACCAGUGUAUAUGAUAGCUGUAUCGAUAACGAAAACAUUUGUUUUUAUAUUGACCCACAGCAAAGGCCUGUGCAGUGAGCAAUGGAAAUCUUCCAAGAUAGCAAAGAAUUUAGAAUAGAGAUUAAAAGUUAAUGGAUAGCGUUAAGAAAUCGUGUAAGUGUGAGACGUCAUAAAAGACGCUACGUUUUAUUGACAAUGAAUGAGAUGAUGAAAUAAAAACAAUAAGAAUGCAACUAGAUAGGGACAAUAUUACUGCCAAACUUGAUUAUGAAUUAGUUUAUUUCUAAAGAGAUGAAUCGUUUGGAGGAUCUUGUCUAUAGUGUAUGUAUAAUGUAUGCGACAACGUGACUGUACGGAGCCAAUGGAAUGAAUCGGCGCUAGUACAUGUAUGUAUUUCUGUAGAAAUUUUUUUUUAAUUUUGAGUUUUCUUGAAAAUUUCUACCCGUCCUGUUAUUUUUUAAAUAAUAAAUUACUACGAAUGUUUUCAAAUUAUGAGUAUAAAUUGAAAUUAAAUGUAUAUGUAAUUGUAAUGGUAUGAAUGAAUGGAAAGUGAAUAUAAAAUUGUUAAAAUUUAAUUAAAACAAAAAAAAAGUCUAAUGAAUUACUAUUGCAAAAUAAUUAAGAAUAAUGUAUAAUUUUCGUUACUUUAUCUAUAAGUUUGAUAUUCUUAAUUGUUAUUAUCUAUGUUGUUAUCUUCAAAUAUUAAUUUUGUUACUUAUUUUGCAUUGUUAUUUUAUUAACUAUUAUCUAAUUAUCAAUCUUUAUAUUCACUUUCCUUUAAUAUUAAUCUCUUAGAAUACAUUAUGAUGCAUUAUAGUAUCGAGAUAGAAAGUCCGAUACUACUCUUCCAUUGGCUUUCACGUAGCCGCUAUUAAAUUGAUCUGUAUCGAUCGCAAUUCUAAUAUCUAUUUCGUAACUUGUGAAAAAAAAAUUUAUACUGUUGUUUGACAAAUAUCCAGUUUUAUAGACGGUGAAUAUUUCAGAGAGCGAAUUUUAUAGUAAACUUAGUAAAAACAACAUAUACAUAUAUAGAAUAACAAAAUGAUCGGUGCUCGACGAAAAAUAGAUUUGGUCGUAUAUAAAACUGGAUAAAAAAUAACUUUUGUACAGGAUAUUUCGAACGCAUACGUGUCCCCUCUUUCUUCUACUUUCAUUCUCGUUUUCCAUCGUGUUUUUCUCUCUUUCUCUCUUUCUCUCGCUCAUUUCUUUUACUAUUUUUUUAUUAUCCUACUCUGUCUCUCAAUACGCGUCAAGCAAUCGACCGGUUUUGAACAGCACUUUCGUCUUUCAUAAUUGCAUCGUGCUGGUAGAAUGGUACUCAAUGGUCUUUUUUUUUUUCUUGGGUAUCACGCGAAUCACGGUGCGGUAUUCAUAACUGUACAUAUUAGCGUGUAAGUGAAAUAUUAGAAAUAAUAUACUCGAUGUUCUGUUCGGUCGUAUCUAAUGUACUUACGGGAGAAGAUAGGUUAAAGAGAUGGGAGGGAGGAGAUAACAAUGAUAGAGAUUACAAGAUCCCUUGAAUCGAUCGUUAGUCAUAUGUCAUAUGUAUCACAAAAUGUAGUCAUAAAGUGAAUUAGUUGAUUAGUUGUUUGAUAAAUAAAUAACACGUAGCUCAUUACAAAAUUAAUUGUAACACAGGAAAGAGAAGAAAGAGAAGAAAGAUGAGUAUCGUUUAUCUCGGAGUAAUGAAAUUAUUGUUUUAUUUAGCGCAUAAAGAUAUAAUACCAGCCGAAAUAACAUUAUUUCUUAUGAGAUUGUGUAGAAUGCAUAGUCUGAAACACAUUGCUGGGCACCCGAUUAGGGUUGUUUUAAGAUUUUAUACUUCGAUCGCACUUGACUUGAGCGUACUGCAUUGCAAAAUACUUUAUUAAUCUUUGCGAAGUCUAAAAUAAUAUAUAAUUAUUAUGUAUGUAAAUCAUAUUCACAAGCUCGCAUUAUUCAAUACAACUUGUUUUAACUUGUUUGUUGUUCCUUUAUCGAAUAAAUCAUUUCCCACAGGAAUCAUUCUUAUCCUUUUGUUUGAGCGAUUGGUCGUCAUAUACAUUACAUUCGUUAAAAUGAUAGAAUUGUAUUUAAAUAAUGCAGCCGCUCAUUGUCAUAUUUUUCUAAAAAUCGAAAUUGUAUAUGUACUCGUAAUCUCAUUUCCUUUUUUUAAAAGCAUUUUUCUCUUUUAGUUAGUAUUGAUCAUUGCAAAUUGGUAUCUGUAAUUAAUGCUAUUGAAGUAACAAUGUUAAUAAAAUCCUAUAGAAAUGACAGUAAA